AUGGCAACUGUUCGGAAAGUAGAAUUACACGAAUAUAAGCAAGCCAGAGAUACACUGGCUCGUGCUUUUACAGAAGAUUCUGUAGCACGAUAUUUGACUGAUUGUGAUGGAAAUACACCAGAGCAACGAAGAAAGUUAGAUAUAGAUAUUUUUGAGUAUAUCAUUUAUGCUCAUCUAUUAAAGGGUUUGGUUCUCACUGUUGGUGAUUGGGAAGGCAUAGCAUGUUGGAUGCCUCCUAAUCAAAAUAUGGAUGAUUUUUUGACUAUUAUGAAAUCUGGCAUGUGGAGAUUAUAUUUUUCUUUGGGUAAAGAAUCUAAGGCUCGAUAUUUUAAUGAAUUUUUACCAGUUCUUCAUGAAGCUAAGGCGGAGGUUAUGCAGGAUCGUGAUGAUAAGAGUUGGUACUUAAUCUAUUUGGGUACUGUUCCAGAAGCACGGGGUAAGGGUUACUCUCGCAAGUUGGUUGAGUAUGUGACAGAUAUUGCUGAUAAAAAUGGUGAAGCAUGUUAUCUUGAAUCCUCGAAUUUAGUUAACAUACCAAUCUAUCACAAAUACGGUUUUGAAGUCAAGAAGGAAAUUACUCUCAAUCGUGCUACUGAACCGGUUCACUUACAGUGUAUGAUUCGGGAGCCUAAAAUCACAAAAGAUGAUUCUGAUGAUUAA